AUGUUCAACUCAAGUUGCGAAAUACGCGAACUGGAAGGAAUUUUUGCGUUCAGUGUAAAUGUUCUCUCUGCCUUGUUUGGAGGUCUUGGCAACAUCUUGGUAUGUGUUACAGUGUAUUUUAGCCCUCGACUACACAAAACAUGGUGCUAUUUUAUUUGCAGCCUCUCUGUUGCUGAUCUUCUCGUUAAUCUUGUAGUCCAACCCAUGGAAGCCAUUCUAACGCUGAGCCGUAUGACAGGAGUCUGUCAAGCAAUCAUUCGAGACGCGUUUCGUUUAGCAGCAUAUAUAACGUGCGGCGCUUCCCUUAUGAACCUUGCUUUCAUGAGUGUUGAACGCUUGUUAGCCAUCUCCUGGCCGUUGAGCGAAAGACAGAAGUUAACAAGGAAAAAGAUGUUUGCCAUUCUAUUUGUGAUAUGGGGAAUUCCUUGCGUCUUAGGAAUCACUGGUCACGUUGUAGGAAGGAGUACUAGGCUGUCCUCGAUAUUAAUCCUUAUAGGACUGGCAGGUUGUUACGGGGUUAUAUUGACCAGUUAUGGAAUACUUCUGCUGCGAGCAAGGGCUCAUUUCAAAGUGUCUAAUCGCGUGUCAUCACUUAUACGGCCGCACGAAAACGAAAACAAACAGCGUGCGACUCCGACUCCCCUCAGUAAAGAUCGUGUUUUCAUGAAGAGAAACGCAAUGGUGAAAAAACGGCAGGAAUCCGAAAAACGUGCGGCCAGGACAGUCGGUGUUGUGAUUGGUGUAUUCACACUCAGCUGGGUUCCAUACGGGUAUGUUCUCGUGAGUGACCCUGAACAGAAAGUGAAUUCUUUCUAUAUAUGGGCAGUCACGCUUGGAAUGACAAACUCCGCAGUAAACCCUGUGAUUUAUUUCUUUAGUAGCAAAGACUUCAGGGAGAACUCUAAACGGACCUUACGAUCUCUCUUGAAAAUGUCAUGAUUACAUGGAGUCACAAAGACCAUACUGGUUACCAGAACACUUGGCAUGGUAGCCAUGUCGAUGUUUAUGUCACUACCGUGAAACUGGAACUGAUUCCUUGCGUUGGAACUAAUUCCUUAUGUAAACUCUUGUUGCAAUAAAUUUACGUAGUUGCUCACCUCGCGAUUGGAAACGUCAUACACACUGACUUAUAAAUUAUUUCCUGAUUAGUACACAGACUACAAAGCUCUAUAUGAAACAAGUACCUAUUGGAGAGGCUGUGAGUUUUUAAAUUUAUUUUUAAGCUUUAAGUCCGAUUACUCUUUCUUUUUCAUCGAUAAAUAUAUAGGUUUUUUGAGAAUAGUCAUCAGCGAGGUCACUGUAUGAUUCCCACCAGUUUGUCUAACCAUGCGCAAUACAUUUGAAGGACACUAUGUAGUGACGUUCAUCGCUCAUUGGCUUAGGUAACUGAAGAGCUAUGUAAUGCAAAUUUACAAUCAAUCAGGACUUACUCUAUGCUGCGUAAAUGCCUAAAAUUUAACUAGAAAGUAUUGCAAGAAGGUUCCAAAGACCCAGUUACGCCUCCCACCUCAAUCUGUUCACUGUCAUGCAGGACAAUAUACAGUACGCUGUUUAACCUUGAAGAUCUACCUCCACCAACCUCUGAGAAAAAACUUUCAGCGUCUGGCGUCGAGAAAAGUGACUUGACUAAAAUCUACCUCCUACCAUUCAAAGCCACGAGAGAAGUUAAAUUGACGAUGUUCCAAUACAAAAUCAUUCACCGAAUUUUACCAACGAAUAGCUUGUUACACAAAACGAAAAAAGUUUCCCCGCCCUCCUGUCCCUUUUGUCCUUCUGAGUGUCAGACCCUGUGGCAUUUGUUUAUAAACGGCAUGCACGCAAGUUCUUUUUGGAAUAGAUUCCAGAAGCGGUACUCAAUCUCUAGUAAUACGAAACUGCUGCUGUCAGAACUAGAGCUUAUGUUCGGAAUUAUUCACUGUCACACCUACUGUUUAGCCCUCAACCAUCUCAUUUUUUUUGGGUAAAUAUUUCUUAUAUGUUAACGCUUUUAAUACCAUAACGUACUAAUUCGAUGAUUUUGUCUCACUUGUGGGCGAAAAAAUUAAUCUAGAAAAAUAUAUUGCAGUCACUCGUAAUAAGGAAAAGGAAUUCAGGAAAAUUGUUCUGUGUCCUUUUUCUUCUCAACUUUUGUAUUUUGAUUUGUUUCUUUUCGCUACCUAUUGAUUCAAUAAUCUAUUAAAUUCUAGAAAAUUAAUACCCUAUGUAGUGUAAUUAACAAACAAAAUUCUUAUUAGUGACUCGAACAAUUAACACGCAAACAAUAACGUAAAUAGAGCAACUGUAAUUCAAUUUGACUGGUGUAAUGUAUUGUAAUAUAUAUAUUGUAAGUAGUGCAAGUUAAUAUAGUGUAAGCAUCGUGUAAGAAGUAAGUACAUAUGUAAAUAUAAUAUAUAGGAAAAAAAUUAAAAAUUAAAAAAAAAGGAUUUUAUCUUGUAGAGAAAUGGAUUAAAGCACUUCAACCUACAAAAAAAAAAAAAAACUAGAAGAAAAAGAUGAAUUAGGAUUAAAACUUAUUACAGCUACCUAUGAAUUUUGUAAAAAAUACAUUUUUCUUUUAAGGAUGAUAGUGAAAAAAUGAUUGAAAAUGGAGGGAUUAUAUUUCGACACUUAAGAGCAGGAAACUGUAACAUCGUAUUCCUGUUAACUCUCUAGAUCUGAUAAGUCCCCAGAGCUUGUCGAUUCUUAAGGAAAUCAAGCGGAGUCUCACUAGAGGGGGGGGGGCUUUUUAGAGAAGGAGCUGGGGUCUGUUAAGAAGCACAAAGUCGGCAACUUUUUUUGUGUGGGAAUUGAAAGUCAGCUCUUAUGAAUACUGUAUGUAGUAUGCUUCAUUUUGGUUGAAAACAAAACCUACUAUGUUUUUAAAACGGAAACUUAUACAACAAAUUAGUAAAGAAGGUCAGUUUAAAGAAACUGUGGUACUACGAAAGGCUCAUGCCUGCAACAUCAGCGUUGGAAACUCCUUACGAUGGCAAAUUUACGUUAUUAACUCAGCUUAUGAAAUCAAAUUAUCUAUUAUACUGUUUUGUUUCUGUCGUUCCCGAAGGGAACGGGAGAGGAGGGUAACGGACGGGGAAGGGGAAUUUGUAUGUCACGCAAUACCGUUUCUAGCGUUACUUACCCGCCUGUUAGUCAGUUAUCUUUUACCCAUUACUGUUAGGCACGUGACUUGCUAGGUCCCUGUUAGUUUGACUUUGAUUUCUGAUCGACGUAUUUUCGGUGAAUGUUUUGUUGAGGCUUGUAAAUCAAUUUGUGGAUACCUAUGCUUUGUAUUGCGUCAGCUUGUCGGAGUAUAUGGUCUAUGUUAUGCACCAGAAGUGAUUUCAAGGUGGAAAAGAUAGUUUGUUUUGAAAACUUAUACAGAAAUGGGAAGAUCGCAGGAAUCAAGGCCUUUUCUUCCAAUUCGUGAAGAACUCGAGUUCGAAAGUGAAGAACAGCUCAGCAUUCGAAACAGUUUUAACUCGUGUUUAUUAAAUCAAAGAACGAAGAGGAGAGUUGCUUUUGUAUUGACUGCUGCUGCGUUCGUUGCCAUUCUCUCAGGCCUACUGUACUAUUAUUUCUCUCGAAAAGUCAAGGAAUACGAACAGAUCGUAUUAGAGGAAAACCAACAUAUGAAAGUGACGAUCAAAGCUGGUGUCAUACGCGGUAAAUUUGAGAGUGAUGCUGUCGUGUUUAAAGGAAUUCCUUAUGCAAAACCGCCAGUUGGUAAUUUACGCUGGAAAGCUCCGGUUUCGUGUGACGAGAAUGUAAAUAAGUGCUGGAAUGGAACUCUGGAUGCAAGUGAAUUUGGAAGUUGGUGUGCACAGCAAGAUGUGCUGCACACUCCAGACCAAACCAAAGUCAUAGGCAGUGAGGACUGUCUGUUUAUUAAUGUAUGGACACCGAAGCACAGAUCAACUGGAAUACUUCUCCCUGUUCUAGUUUACAUUCAUGGUGGAUUUUUGAUGUACUCCUCUGGGGAUUGGAAUGGACUUCACCCCCAACCUGAAAUGGUUUCAGAGAUGAAUAUUGUUGGAGUGUCUUUCAAUUACAGAUUAAAUGCAUUUGGUUUUCUUGCCUUAAAGUCCUUAGCAGAGGCAUCACCAAGCAAAAGUACAGGAAACUAUGGUUUCAUGGACCAGAUAUUAGCUUUAAAGUGGGUGAGGGCUAACAUCCAUAAAUUUGGUGGUGAUCCAAAAUCUGUUACUCUGAUUGGACAAAGCUCUGGUGGUACAUCUGAACUGGCUUUGCUUGCCUCCCCUAGUGCUGCCGGGUUAUUCCAUCGAGCAAUUGUCAUGAGUGCCUCAGCUGUUUAUAACAAAUCAUGGGAAGAUGCUGCAGAUGACAACAAAAUUUUCAUAAAAAAUUGUGAUUGUGUGAGAAACAGUUCAGCAGCUGAAAGAGACUGUUUAUAUCAGCUUACUACUGAAAAACUGGAAGCAGCCAUCCCAUGGGAUGUAUACCCAUAUUGGCGCAUGUCUGACUCUAUGGAUCUGCCACAAAAAAACCUGUUUAAUGGGGCAGUUGCUGUUGUUGACAAUGUUGUGGUUCCCAAGCCUCCUCUUCUUGCCAUGGUAGAAGGAGAAGCAAAUGAUGUCCCUUUAAUUAUUGGGACAACAGGGCAGGAGGUAAAUAUUAAGCCUGUGAUGGAUUUUUCUAAUUCUAGUUGGGAAGACUACAGCACUUAUGUAAAGCAAAAGUUGGCUCCUUUUAUUGGAAAGAAUGUUAGCAUGGUUCUUGCCUUGUAUAACAAAAGUGAGCUUAGUAAGGAACCUCUCUCUCCUCAGUUUUCUUAUUCAUCCAUGGCCUCUGAUAUACGACUUUCUUGCCCAAAUGAUGUGUUUGCCUCCAAAGCAUCUCAAGGUUUUAAGAGCCCAGUUUAUAGAUAUGUGGUUACAAGUGCUCCAUCAUUUCCAAUAAAUGUGUUUGGAUAUCCAGCAACAUUUGCAUUUCACAUGUGGGAUCUUAUUGCACUGUUUGGUUUCCCUCCUGCAUUUCAUUACACUCCAUCACCUAGAGACCAGAGUUUCAUGAAGGACCUUAGAAGAGAGUUCGGUAAAUUUAUUAACAAUGAAUUUAAUCAAGAAGAUGCUCCUUGGAAAAAGUUUCCAAAUAGUACUGCUCUGUUCACAGAUAGUGGUGUAAAGGUUCUUGAUAGCAAUGGUUAUCACAUGGAAGAGUGUGCAUUUUGGCUUAAUAAUGGGUUCUUUUCAUACGGAUGGAUUAACUAA